GGAGCACGGACGCUGCAGCCGGUUGGGCCGGUGCCCUUUCCCGCUCUGGAAAGGAAGAAAAAUGGAAGUGAAAAAGUUGAGCAUUUCCUGGCAGUUCUUGAUAGUUCUGGUUCUGAUCCUGCAAAUUCUGUCUGCGUUGGAUUUUGACCCAUACAAAGUCCUAGGGGUCAGCCGAACAGCCAGUCAGGCUGAUAUUAAAAAGGCUUAUAAGAAGCUCGCCCGGGAAUGGCAUCCUGACAAAAACAAAGAUCCUGGAGCAGAAGACAAGUUCAUUCAGAUCAGCAAGGCUUACGAGGUUCUUUCCAACGAAGAAAAGAGAUCAAAUUAUGAUCAGUAUGGAGAUGCUGGAGAGAACCAGGGCUACCAAAAGCAGCAGCAGCAGCGAGGGUAUCGCUUUCGCCAUUUCCAUGAUAAUUUUUAUUUUGAUGAAUCUUUUUUUCACUUCCCUUUCAAUUCUGAGCGGCGGGACUCAAUUGAUGAAAAGUACUUCCUGCACUUUUCACAUUAUGUGAAUGAAGUGGUUCCAGACAGCUUCAAGAAACCCUACCUCAUUAAGAUCACCUCAGAUUGGUGCUUUAGCUGUAUCCAUAUCGAGCCUGUUUGGAAAGAGGUGGUUCAAGAACUGGAAGGAUUGGGUGUAGGAAUUGGCGUGGUUCAUGCUGGCUAUGAGAGACGCCUGGCCCAUCACCUGGGAGCACACAGCACACCCUCUAUUUUACAUGUACUUGAUUUAUUUAUCUCUUCACUGGAGUAUAGUACAGUUGGUAAGAACAGAAUAUUGAAACUAACAUUUUAUUUUCAAUUUAAGGUUACAAAUAAAAAUUAUGUCAGAUUCCUCUCUGGCUGGCAGCAAGAGAAUAAACCUCAUGUCCUUCUGUUUGACCAAAUGCCCAUUGUGCCACUAGUAUACAAGUUGACUGCUUUUGCAUACAAAGAUUAUUUAUCAUUUGGAUAUGUAUAUGUCGGUUUGAGAGGGGCAGAAGAGAUGACGAGGCAGUACAAUAUCAAUGUCUAUGCCCCCACCAUCUUGAUCUUUAAAGAACACAUCAAUAAGCCUGCCGAUGUUAUCCAGGCCCGAGGUAUGAAGAAGCAAGUCAUCGAUGACUUCAUCACACAAAACAAGUAUUUAUUGGCAGCCAGGCUCACCAGCCAGAAGUUGUUCCAUGAGCUCUGCCCCGUGAAACGGUCUCAUCGACAGAGGAAGUACUGUGUGGUUUUACUGACUGCCGAGGCUACCAAGUUGAGCAAACCCUUUGAGGCGUUUCUGUCCUUUGCGCUGGCAAACACACAAGACACCGUGAGAUUCGUGCACGUCUACAGCAGUCGGCAGCGGGAGUUUGCCAGCACCUUAGUGCCAGACAGCGAGGCGUUUCGAGGGAAAUCAGCGGUGUCUAUCUUAGAAAGGCGCAACACAGCAGGAAGGGUGGUAUAUAAAACCCUGGAAGAUGCCUGGACUGGGAGCGAGAGUGAUAAAUUCGUCCUUCUGGGUUAUCUUGACCAACUGCGGAAAGAUCCAGCUCUUCUGUCCUCCGAAGCUGUGCUUCCCGACCUGACCGAUGAACUUGCCCCUGUUUUUCUCCUCCGGUGGCUCUACUCUGCUUCCGACUACAUCUCAGACUGCUGGGAUAGCAUAUUUCACAGCAACUGGCGGGAAGUGAUGCCCCUCCUGUCCCUGAUCUUCUCUGCCCUGUUCAUCCUCUUCGGCACCGUCAUCGUUCAGGCUUUCAGUGACUCAAACGAUGAGCGAGAGUCAAACCCUCCAGAUAAAGAGGAAGCCCAUGAGAAGGCCGGGAAGACGGAGCCAACCUUCACCAAAGAAAACAGCAGCAAGAUUCCUAAAAAAGGCUUUGUGGAGGUAACUGAACUCACAGAUGUCACAUACACCAGCAACUUGGUACGUCUGAGGCCAGGCCACAUGAACGUGGUCCUCAUCCUGUCGAAUUCCACUAAGACCAGCCUCCUACAGAAAUUUGCUUUGGAGGUCUACACGUUCACUGGGAGCAGCUGCCUGCACUUCUCCUUCCUGAGUCUAGAUAAACACAGAGAAUGGCUAGAAUACUUACUAGAAUUUGCUCAAGAUGCAGCCCUGAUCCCAAACCAGUACGACAAGCAUUUCAUGGAACGUGACUACACUGGUUACGUACUGGCUCUGAACGGCCACAAGAAAUACUUCUGCCUCUUCAAGCCCCAAAAAACAGUAGAAGAGGAGGAAGCCCUGGGGUUAUGUGGUGACUUUGACUCUUCCCUCUAUCUGGGUGAGUCUCGAGGGAAAUCUUCCUGUGGCCUUGGAUCUAGGCCCAUCAAAGGAAAAUUGAGCAAGCUAUCCUUAUGGAUGGAGCGCCUGCUGGAAGGUUCCUUACAGAGGUUUUAUAUCCCAUCGUGGCCUGAACUAGACUGAGAGAACUUCAAAAAAGGAAUUGGAACUCUUCAGACUUUUUAACAUGCCCCUGUGAAGAGGUAUUUUCAGGACUCAAACUAUCACAAUGAACAGAGUAUAGAUUUUAGAUUCCUCUUCUAGAACAAUGUCUAGAAGAAUCUUUCCUCUGUCCUGUUCUAACCUAGGAGUGAAAAACACGACGUUUGAAUUCCCUAGAUCAAAAUAUUUUCCUUUGGGGUUUUUUCCCUCAUUUGGAUGCUGCACUGUUUCAGAUAGACUGCUCAUUCCCUCUUCCCUCGUCCCCAUCACAUGCUCACACCACCCUCCCCUGUCCUAUCCUCUUACAUUGUGAAAUGCAGGGCUCAACCCAGCAACGGUACCUGGACGGACCCUCCUGAGCCCAUUGUGCAGGCCAUUUGCCCCUGCCCCCAUGACCCAUCCUCCCGCCCCACCUUCCCGGCCUCUGCUGCGCUUCUGCCAUGGCGCAUGCUCUUAGCACAGAACCACCCGUGGCGUUUCUAGGCCCUGCAUCUUGAAGGAGGCCUAGUUCCCAGCAGUCUUACACUGAAUGGUGGUUCUGGGAGUAAGUGGCUAAAAGUAUAUUUUGGGGGUAUCCCCCACAGCAGUUUGUAGCCACGGUUUUAAAAGGAAAGGGAUGAGUGGGGUUUCCACAUGUGGGUUUGGUUUUCUUCCCAAGAAGAGGAAAGCAGGGCUGGGCAGAGGCUAAAGUGCUAUAGCUCCAUGAUCCCUUGUGGGCGUCCCUCUGCCUGCCCGGAGCCAGGGAGGGGUCCGCACAGCAGAACAUGCUGUAAUGCCUUUGAGCAGUUGUGUUUUCAGAUGCCUUUCUGCCUCUGUCAAUUUUAAGGUUUGGAUAUUAGGAGCCAUAACUUGUAACCUUGUUCUCUGAACGUAGAGAUAAGCUGCUAUAAAGCCAGUAGAUGUUAAACCGAAGACAAAUUAUUCCCACCUGCCAUGAGUCAGGCUCAAGGAACCUCUUCACUCCAGUGGUGUCUCUUUAGUAAGGUACCAGACAUGUCUUUGUAUCAAGGAACUUAAAAUUUCUCAACCAUUGUAUUUUGAACACUGUUACCCCAAAAGUGCUGUAACUGCAAAUCAUCUUUUGUGACAAGUGAGCCAAGACUUACUCUACACUGCUGUUUUGUAAAAGGCUUACUUUCCACUUCUGGCCUAUAUUUUCAUGUCUCACUUUUAAUUGUUUUCCCUCUUAACUUACAACUUCUUCAUCAGGAUCAGGGUCAGACUGAUCAUCAGCACCCCAGCUUGCUGAGCUCCGAUGUACAAUGGACUAUAGGCUGGAUCAUACCAGCCAGUUAGAGAGUGUACCUUUUAUUUUUCGGGCAAAACCACCAAUGGAGUUUGGACAACCUCAAAGAGUGGUCUGUUUCAAAUGUCAAAGCAAAUUGCCUGUUUGUAAAGUGAAGGGUGAAAAUCAGUGAUGGGACAUUUACUAAUUUAGUAUUUGUUUAAUCAUAACUGCUUUAAACUAAGCCACUUGGAUCCUUAAUAAUUUAAAUAUUAAGCUAUAGUGGUAAGUAAUAAAUUAUUUCAUCCCAGGAAUUCCUGUAGUUUUCAUGGAGUCUAUAGCUUUAUUAAAAAAUAAAGAAAUCCCUGCCAGGCUUCAUUCUUCCA